CGCGACAUUCUUUAGAAGCCGGCUUCUCGUGACUCACCGGUACUUCGAUAGUCCGCCGCGAAGGAGCAGCUUGCGCGCGUCUAUUAAUUUAUUUAUUGGAGUUUAACUUGCAGUUGACGGAACCAACCAUGCUUGCCCUGUGCCUUUAUGUCCCCGUGUCCAACUCCGACCCGGUGGAGGUGGACUACUUCGAAUCGAACGGACUUCCGACCGAACUCAAUUCGCUCUUCAACAAACUCAGCGUGUUCCUGCCGUCUCAGGAGUUUUCCACCUAUCAGCGAUGGCGGAAAAAGACCAGGAGGGAGCCCGACACGUGCGAUGACCGGCUGGACUUUGAGGAGUUUGUGCACUACCUGCGAGACUAUGAGAAAGACCUGAAGCUGGUGGUCAAGAGGAAUGCAGGCCGGGUGGACAGCAAGGAGUUCAUCCAGGCUCUGCAAGACAUCGGCGUGCACAUUUCACAUCAUCUCGCCGAGAAAGCCCUUCGGAGCGUGGACAAGAACGGCAUCAUAACCAUCAGCAGUAAAGAAUGGAGCAAGUACUCCACGGCGGAGGAGACGGAGAGCAUCCCCGAGAUCAUCUUAUACUGGAAGCACUCCACGAUCUUUGACGUGGGCGAGAACCUGACCGUCCCCGACGACUUCAGCACGGAGGAGAGGCAGAGUGGAAUGUGGUGGCGUCACCUGGUGGCAGGCGGCGGAGCCGGCGCAGUUUCCAGGACGUGCACGGCGCCUCUGGACCGGGUCAAAGUCAUGAUGCAGGUGUACGGCUCCAGAAGUAACAACAUGUGCAUCAUGAGCGGCCUGGCACAGAUGAUCAAGGAGGGUGGCGUGCGCUCGCUGUGGCGAGGAAACGGCGUCAACAUCAUCAAAAUCGCACCCGAGUCGGCCCUCAAGUUCAUGGCGUACGAGCAGAUCAAACGUCUGAUCGGCAGCGACGGGCAGACGCUGAGCAUCUCGGAACGCUUUGUGGCCGGAUCGCUGGCCGGAGUCAUCGCCCAGAGCGCCAUCUACCCCAUGGAGGUGCUGAAAACGCGCCUGGCUCUGAGAAAGACGGGCCAGUACGCCAGCAUCUCGGACUGCGCCAAGCAGAUCUUUCGGCGAGAGGGCCCGGCGGCGUUCUACAAGGGUUACGUGCCCAACAUGCUGGGAAUCAUACCAUACGCUGGCAUCGACCUGGCCGUGUACGAGACCCUGAAGAACGGCUACCUGCAGCAGUACGGCGCCAGCGACGCCGGUGUCCUGCUGCUGCUGGCCUGCGGCACCGUGUCCAGCACUUGCGGCCAGCUCGCCAGCUACCCGCUCGCUCUGGUCAGGACGCGCAUGCAAGCGCAAGCUGCGACGGGCGGCGGCCAGCAAGCAACCAUGACGGCGCUCUUCCAGCAGAUCCUGCGGGCCGAGGGUCCAGCGGGGCUUUACCGGGGCCUGGCUCCCAACUUCCUGAAAGUCGUCCCCGCCGUCAGCAUCAGCUACGUGGUGUACGAGCACAUCAAGACGCAGCUGGGGGUCACCUCACGCUGACCGCGAGCCACCCGCCCCGGCGGGUUCGGUGUGCAGCUCGAUCUCAUUCUGUGAAUGUCAGCUGACACAAGAGACACAGGAGGUGGCCCGCGUUGGCCUGCUGCUAUUUGUUACGGUUGCAUAAGCGACCGCAACCCAAGGACCAAAUGUUGGGAGGCAAAGCGCCGUUGUGAUCGGGGCGAGCUAUUUUUGCACAGUUUGUGCUCUAUGCUGCCACACACUAUUUAUUUCCAGUCACUAUUUAUUCUUUUAUUGUCGAGCGGGACUUCAGCGCUCCCUGUGUACAUGUCCAAGAGAGCCAAAUUAUGCUUUUUAAAGAGAAGCCUUAAUGAAGAGUGGAAAAACAUUUGGAGAAUUGUCCAAAUGUUCACCUCAGGAUUUUUUUUUUUUUUCUUCGAGGGCUUUGACUAAAGAAACAAAUGAGCAACUAAUUGCACUUUAAAGCCUUUGAAUGUCACAGAAGCCCAGCUAUUACAGGUAACUAACUUUUU